CUCCUGCAGGAAAAAAAUAGAAAGGGAAAUCAGAUCCUUUUAGCCUCAAUACAUAGUUUGAUCUCAGCGAGUCCUAACAUACUGAAACAAAAGAAAACACAAUACUGGGAUUUUUGUAAAUCUUAUACGGCAAACUCUUUUUUUUUAUGUGUGCGUUUGUGUCAACGAGAAGAAAAAAGAUGGGGGCGGGGGGAGAAUCUUCAAGUUCUAGCUCUGGGAAUCAAAAUGGGUGCUCUAACGACGUAACCAAUGUGAUUUUGAAUGUAUAUGAUCUAACUCCUAUCAAUAAUUACUCUUAUUGUCUUGGUUUCGGGAUUUUCCACUCCGGUAUUGAAGUUCAUGGUAAAGAGUAUGGAUUUGGGGCACAUGAUUUUCCAAUUAGUGGAGUUUUUGAAGUAGAGCCAAAGAGCUGCCAUGGUUUUAUCUACAGAUGUUCUAUCGCAUUGGGAUGCAUACACAUGCCUUUCUCUGAAUUCAGAACAUUGAUCGAGAGUGUAGCUUCUGAGUACCAUGGAGAUACCUACCACCUCAUCUCCAAGAACUGUAACCACUUUACAGAUGACAUAGUGCAUAGAUUGACUGGCAAACAUAUCCCCGGAUGGGUAAACCGGCUGGCUCGGAUAGGUUAUUUAUGCAGCUGUCUGCUUCCUGAAAGCCUUCAAGUAACCACAGUGAAACGCUUACCUGAAUACCACGAAAUAGAAGAAGGAAUUGAAACUGUCUCAAUAGCCAGGGCCCGCGACUCGACAGAAAUCGACGAUACAGAUACGGAGAAGCAGUUGCUCUCACCAAAAGAGGGACCUUCGGAUAUAUCUUUUAUUAAAGAAGCUCGAACCUGCGACCGCAAAGAAGCUUAA